AUGCAUAACAAAAAGGCAGCCGAUACUACAUCUUAUAUGCACGUGUUAGUAAGUCAUGUUUAUGAAUUGAUUGAUGUUCAUCAAGAAUUUGGGAUAGCAGCAUUUAACUGUUCAGCUAUUGAGAAAAAAAACCAUCUUCAGAGUAUACAAGGUCUUCAUCAACAUGAAACUCUUCGACAUCCACAUUAUAAUAUACCUUCUCUUAAUCUUAUCGAUCUUCCUCAGCAACAUAUUAAUGAGAUCAAAGAAACUUUAGUAUAUUUAAUUCAAACAUGGCUUAAAAUAAAUACAGCUAGUUCAGGAUCUCAAUGUAUUUUGAUUCCAUGUACUGAAUCAGAGUUUGUGGAAAUAUUUCGAGAUUUUAUAGAUCGCUAUUCACCUGGCAGUAAUCAAUACUUAUGCAUAUUUCAAGGUUCUAAUGCAUAUGAAACACUUGGCAAACUUUUAAAUCGACCAAAUUGGGGUGUACGAAAAUAUCAGCACGGACAAGAAAUACAAGUUACAUUUGUUGAUGAGUUUAUUACCAAUUCCAAAUCUCCAGAACAAACAGAACAAGUACAAUCUUAA